CAAAGUCAAAAUAUUUCAUUAGAAGAAUCUAAUCAAAAUUUAUCAAGAAGAUUUUCAGUUACAUCUAUUGCAUCAGCAUUUUUUAAUACAUCUGUAUCUAAUACUGUUACAGAAUCUUCAAAUCAAAAAUUGCAUACAUCAAUACCAAAUUCUAUUUUGUCAAAUAUGAUAGUAGCUAGCAAUGGUAUUCCAAAACCUUAUAGAAGUAAAGCUAAAAAUAUUUGUAGAGA